GGGGAGUGGCGGCGAAGGACAGCUAGCCUGACCUCGCGGCCCGCCAAAGGACAUGCGGCCAGGGGACCUGGCCUCCCUGGGCCUCUGUCCGGUCCGAUCCGGCCUGGCCCGGCCCGCAUCUGUGGUCAAGGGCAGGAGCAGGGGGUGUGGACUGCGGGCCGGAGCGCGCGGGCGCGGUGGGCAGGCGGCAUGCUGGGGCUUUCUGCGCGCAACUUUGGGUACACCAGCGUGGACCUGCGUGUGCGUAUCUGCGCGCCCCAAGGCUUUGUGUACAACUCGUGCAUGUGUCUAUCGAUUGGGUUUUGUGAAGCUUCAUCCACAGCCACUGUGCGUCCGUCUCGCCCGGUAUCAGUGCGCGCGGUGGGUGGAGUGUUGGGCCCCUGCGGGUCUCUGUGAAUCUGGCUUGGAUCUUACUCCCAGGGGCACGUGUGUGUGUGUGUGUGUGUGUGUGUGUGUGUGUGCGUGCGCGCGCGUGUGGUGCGUGCGUAUAUGUGACCAGUCCUGCCCCCUCUAGGGCUAUGGGUACUAGAGUGGCCCGAAGAUCUGGGGGUCACACUACGUGGCUUCUGGGUGUCUGUGGGUACUGCCGUGGGAACGACUGCUUGGGGGAGGGAGUGUGGAACUGGAGCGUUCCUUUCAGGACUUGUCUGACUGCAGAUGAAAUCAGAGAGUAACUGGUGGGGUCGUGGGGUGUGAACAGUGGGCAGGAGUAGCUGUGUCAGUAGGCGUGUUUCUGCUUAUGUUUGGGUAAUUGGGCACAGCCUUUGUGUAACUGAUAUCUCUGAACCUGUGCAUGAAACAGAGAGACAUCCUAACUCUGGGUGAGAGGAAUCCUCUUUUUUUCUCUGCCUUCUCACUGUGGCAUCCUAAGAAAAAGUUUUGGGUUCCUACAGCAUGAAGGAAAGCCCUGCUCCCAGAAUUUGGGAGCUCCAGAUUUCUUCCGAGGUAUGGAGGCAUCAAUAAGUCAGUCUGGGAAAGGGCUUCCUGGGCCACUCCAGGAACUGAGUUGGGUGGAAGGUGCUGAGGGUGUGGGUGGGGGCCAUUUCUGAGCACCCACGUGGCACCCCUGCUGGUCCCUGUUUGUGGCUGGGCACCCAGGAAAAUGUUUUUGGUGCUAAGAGUAAAAAGCUAACCAACAAACGCAUCUCUUUUUUCUGUCUAUUCACUGGAAAGUGAGAGCAGUCUGGGCCCAGGAUGGGGAGCCAGACGGAAUUCAAACUUAUCCCUGCUCUCAAGGUGCUCACGGUUGGUGUGAAACAGCUGGAUAAAAUGAAGGGUCUAUGAGUGAGGGAUGGAGUGCCAGGGAAGGAGGGUGAAGUGAUGCCACCGGCACGGGAGUAUGAGUUUGCUGGUUUGUACAUGAUAAUAAUUCUUAGGGAACCUGCAUUCAACUCCUGUCCCCCCACACUCCCAUACAUGCCAUGGGAUCUUGGCCAUGCUUUAUGAAAUGGAGACAGUAAUUCCGGAUCAUGGGGCUGGUGAGGGUGAUGUGAGAUACUCCUGCGUUGUGUCGGGUACAAGGCCCAAUAGCUAGUACGUGCUUAGUAAACAUUUGCUAAAUUGGGACUCUGGAAAGAGAUGUAGUGAUAGAAACAGGUUGUAAAUGGAAAAGAGCUUUGUACUCAGAUGAAAGACCCUAUAUGUGCUAAGAGGAGGUGUCUGAUGCUAGUCCAUACUGAGAGGAAGGUCAGAAAGAUUGAAAAACAUGUCUUCCUGCACUGAGGCUCUUUUGAGUUUCAUUCAUUCAUUCAUUCUGACUUCAUUUGCUCAUAUUACACACACGCAUGCACACACACAGAGAACCACAGUGCACUGGAAAAUAAACUCCAGCAUGAGAAUGCAGAGAAUCGUUUGGGGGGGUGUGUGUGUGUGUGUGCACGUAUGUGUGUGUAGACACACUGGAGCACGUAAGCCAUUUUGCACCUGGGGGUCUCUGUAAACCGAGGACUUGUGUGCCUGGGGCUCUGAGUGUAUGUGUCCUCAGGCCAUCAGUGUAUACAAGGGAUGAUGCAGUUCCGCUGUGGAUCAGGAAUUACACAUGCCAGGCAGGGAAGGGGGCUGAGCUGGGACCUGUUGGGGAGAGCCCCGAUUGCCAACUCCAGGUGAGUGUUACAAGGGAAUGGGAGCCUAAGGUGGCCAGAUUCUUUCAUUUUGCAGGAGAAGCCAGGAAUGCAACAUUUAAAAUGUAAAAUCUAAAAUCUUUUGCUUUUUAUACAUUUGCAACGAAUUCACCAAAAACAAAUGAACAGGCCAGGAACAAAACACAGCAAAACUUCUAUCAGCCAAAUAUGGUCCCCGGGCUGAUAAGAAGAAGACCGAGUCUGGAGAGGUCACAUCACUUGCCCAAGUUCAAGUGGUGAAGCUGGGAUUGGAGCCUGAUGUUCACUCUGUCUACAUUCCCUCCAUCAUCAUAGAACUCAUUGCUAAUACUGGGCACUUUGUGUUCUGAGUCCUUUGUAUGGGUUAUCUCAAUCCUACUCCAGCCCUGUGAACUAGGGAGUAGCAGUAUUAUUAUUCUGUAGGUGGGAAAACCGAAGCCAGACAGGAUUAGUGAAUUGCCCACAGCCAUACGCCAGCUGGUGGUGGAGUGGGAUCUGGGCUGGAUCACACUGUUCUCUUAUUGUCUUAUUCCCCAUCUCCCCCUCUGCCUGGCAGACACCCCCAAAUGGGAAUCGUGCCUGACUCACCUUCAUGUGCUUGGGGACUGGUGUGAUGUCCUCCACAACAGGUAGACGUUGCUACAUUCAACUGACUUUCUGUUUUCUCUUCCAGCUGCCAAGGGGCCAAGGGAUGAGCUGGGGCCCUCAUUCCCAAUGGCAUCUCCCCCUGGUCUGGAACUGAAGACACUGAGCAAUGGUCCCCAAGCCCCAAGGAGAUCAGCUCCCCUGGGCCCAGUGGCCCCAUCCAGGGAGGGUGUGGAGAAUGCCUGCUUCUCCUCAGAGGAGCACGAGACCUAUUUCCAGAACCCCAGGAACACGAGACUGGGCAGCUCACCCAGUCCCCCUGGGGGUGUCCCCUCAUUGCCCCGAUCCCAGCGGGAUGAUCUGUCCCUGCAUUCAGAGGAGGGGCCAGGCCUGGAACCCGUGAGCCGCCCGGUGGAUUAUGGCUUCGUUUCCGCCCUGGUUUUCCUGGUGAGUGGGAUUCUCCUGGUGGUGACAGCAUACGCCAUCCCCCGUGAGGCUCGAGUCAAUCCGGACACAGUGACAGCACGGGAGAUGGAACGACUAGAGAUGUACUACGCCCGCCUAGGCUCCCACCUGGACAAGUGCAUCAUCGCAGGCCUGGGGCUGCUCACGGUGGGCGGCAUGCUCUUGUCAGUGCUGCUUAUGGUCUCCCUGUGCAAGGGUGAGCUGUACCGCCGGAGGACCUUCGUCCCUGGCAGGAGCUCCAGGAAGACCUACGGCUCCAUUAACUUGCGCAUGAGACAGCUCAAUGGGGAUGGGGGCCAGGCCCUGGUGGAGAACGAAGUCAUCCAGGUCCCAGAGACUAGCCAUACCCUCCAGCGGUCUUAAGUAUGAGCCCACCAUAUCUGGCUGCUUUUGCUCCAGUGCUACAAGGUCCCCCACCACCCCCACCAAGGCCUGGGGUUUCAAACUGAGCUCACAUAGGGGCCCUGUGGAAGAAGUACUUGGUGCCGAAGGGAGAGCUCGGGGCCCAGCCCAGGCCCCACACGGGCCAGCAUCCCACUGAUCUGUUUUGUAGCUGAGGUUUUACAUACGGUUUUGUUUGGAGGAUGGCUUCUGCUGCUAAAAAUACAAAAGUUUGGAAACACUGCU